UGAUUGUUGUGGUAGAGCAACAACACUUGCCUGCAUUGAAAUUUGAAAACUGCAUUGCGGUUGUAGCGUUUUUGUUGCAACAGCCUAGGCCUUGAGAAUAUUAUAUUCAGUUCCACAAUUUCUUCGAUUCACAAUGAAGUGCUUGCUGGUUUGCCUGAUCGUCUCGGCUGCAAACGCUUUCGUUGUAGAGCCAUGGGCUGGACUAAACAAGAGAUGCAACAAUCCUGAAUUUUGGUGCAAGAGUCUGGAAACAGCUAAGGAGUGUGGUGUUGUGGAGUAUUGUCAAAUUGAAUGGAACAAAUCAACACCCACAAAAGAUAUUGGAAACAAAAUCAGUCCUGAUGCUGACCCUGUAAAGAUAACAUUGUAUUAUGAAUCAUUUUGUGGUGGAUGCAGAGAAUUUAUCAACACACAGUGGUACCCUACCUAUCAGAAGCUAAAUGGAACUGGUAUUUUAGAGCUAGAGCUGGUACCUUUUGGAAAUGCAAGGGAAUAUAAACAAGGUGACAAGUACAUAUAUUAUUGUCAGCAUGGUCAACAAGAGUGUGUUGGUAAUUUGAUUGAGACCUGUGCCAUCAACCACCUUGGAAAGAUAGCUUUAUGGGCACCAUUCAUAUAUUGUCUAGAAUCAAAAGGAGCAUACCCCAGUGUAGCAAAAUCAUGUGCUCAGUCUCUUGGUAUUGAUUAUAAACCAAUAGAUACAUGUGCAAGUGGCACUGAAGGAAAUCAAUUGGAACAUCAGAUGGCAUUGAAAACAAAGGCAUUGAACCCUCCUCAUCAGUAUGUUCCCUGGAUUGUUGUUAACGGAGUGCACAGUGAGGAUAUCCAGUCCGAUGUUCAGACAGGAAUGCUUGAGUAUGUUUGUAAUGCGUACAAAGGACCCAAACCAGCAGCUUGUCAGAGUGUAUCAAAGCAAAGAGGCAAUGUUUGCUAUCGUGACUGAAAAGGAAUCUGUGUUUUUUUCAAGGAGUUUCAUAUAAAGUAACAAUUAUUUAAUGGAAAAACGAGAUUAAAAAUUAAAUGCCAAGAUGCAAAAAUUCUUUCACGAUGUUAGUACUUUGUGCUCCCUAGAAUUUAAUUUAGCAGUGCUGUAAAUCUAUGUAAACUUCAGUUUCUAAGUUUUUUGUUUUUGAUAAUAGAAUUUUCACAGAGA